UGUAAUUAGUUAAUACUCCAAUUAAAAAACUCUCUUAGCUAGCUAGUAGCCCAACCUAACUACUGGUACUAUAUAAAUUGCAUAUCCUUUAUUUGUUUCUUCAUCUCUCAAUCACUUCUUCACUCUAAUAAUCUCUUGCUCCUUUUGAGCCCAGUUCAACAAAAUUUGGGAGCUGUAUUAUUUUUCGUAACUUGUGAUUACUACUACUAAUUAAUUAAAGCCAGCCAUGUUUAGAGCAAUGAGUACAAGAAGAGACUAUAGAGGAUAUGAAGAAUUGAUAAAGGAGGAGGCACCUUCUGCCCCGUUGAUAGCAUUAGAUCAGCCAAAAUUGAGUAAAAGCAGAACAGUUCCAGCUGCUGCUAACUUCUUUAUAAGCUCUUCAUCAAAGAAGGUCACAUCGGAGGACAAUUUCCAGGCGAAUACUCAACUAAAGGAAGCGAGCAAAAUUCAUCCAAUAUUCAGUUUAUUUGAAACGAAGAGGAAGAAGAAGGCAACUGCUAGGCCUGAAUUCUCAAGGUAUAUUCAGUAUGUUAAAGAAGGAGGUUUUGGUGAUAUGUUGCAAACUACUUCCUCCAAAUCCAACAAUAUGGCUGCAGUAAUGUAAUUAAAAUUUUGAUUCUUCGGAAUAUAUGAAAUAAAACAGUCGUAUGUAUUAUAUUUUUUCAGAUUCUGCAUUUGAAUGUCACAGCACGUUACAAAAUGAAAGAAAGUUCUAUAUUUCUUUUUA